GCUGGCCACCCACCCCCUCGUGUUAAGGCUACACGGAGGAUCUUUGUGCCUAUGGAUGUGUACGUGUUUAUUAGGUGUAUGUGCAUACUCUGUGUGUGUGUUUAUAUAGGUGUGUCCGUGCAUGCGUGUGUGUAAAUGUUUAGGUGUGUGUCGGUGUAGUUGUAUGGGUGUGCAUGGAAUACAUGCCAAUAGUUAAGAGAGAGUGAUCGUGGUGGUGGUGAUCAUGCCGGCAUAGGUGAUGCCGAGAUUGAGAUUGAUGAUGCGAAUGGACGGUGCAUUGUUAAUGCGGUGAGUCGACGGGACACAAUCAAUCGGCAGCGGAGCGGAGUAAUUCGACAACGGGUGACUCAUGGACACUCGCCAAUAAGCAAUAGAUGGGCACUAUUGGAAUUCGGAACAAGAGGCGAUACAAAGCAAUCGACUGUACGUAGGCGAACAAUAGGCAAUAGGAAUAGGUAAUUCAAUGUCGGAACGACGCAUAUUGUAACAGAUACACGGUGGAGGAGCAGUUGACAAUAGAUGCUCAAUAGCUCAACACCCGGGCAGCGGUGAACAAUGAGAGGAUACGGUCUGUGUCCACUAACAUUGACAACUGCGGUAGCAAUGGACAAUAGAAAAUACACAGACAGGUAUGAACAGCCAAUAGACGAAUAUGUGAAUAGGUGACCAUGCGACAAUGGGUGACCAUGAGACAAUGGGUGAGCAAGAGACAAUAGGUGAGCAAGAGGCAAUAGGUGGCAUGUGAACAAUAUGAAUGUUGAACUUCUUUUGCGCCUUACGUAGCCAACCGUGCUAAUCGGAGGUGCGGGGGAAGAACAACAACAAGAAUAAACACGUGGCGGAGGGAGGGAGCACGCUGCAAAUAGCCUGUUUAAGGCUGCACGGGGGAUCUCUGUCUUUGCGUGAGUGUAGCUGCUGCCAUGGGAGGGGUCCUGCUGGCUGUGGGGGGCCCAGCCCCCCCUCGCUGGCCGCUCAUCUGGGUCGUCUUGGUGACGUGGGGGUCGUGCACCUGGGCCCACGAGCGCGGGGUCCGUGAUGACGCGUUCGCCAUCCCCCGCUCCACGAUCCCGCACCACGCUCUGGGCAGCACUGUCCGCCGCGUGGCUGUGCGUGUGGGGGGAGGCGGGGCGCUGGCACUUUCUCCGGAUGGGGCGACGCUCCUCGUCGGCGCCUGCGAGGGCCUCGUUGUGCUCAACGCUCACCAGCUUGACCACCAGCCCCGCACGAUUGUGUGGAAUGCCACGACUGCCAGCAAAGAGGAGUGCAUAAGGAAAGGGAGACACCCUGAGAGGGAGUGCCUUAACUUUGUGCGCGUGCUGCACUUCGUGAACGCGUCCCACCUGUACACAUGCGGCACGCACGCCUUCGACCCCCAGUGUACAUACGUGGAUAUGCGCUCACUGCAGCUGUUGUUUCCCACGGAGGCGGGCCGGGGCCGGUGUCCUUACCACCCGACGCAGCCCUUCUCAUCUCUCAUGGACGACGGAGACCUGUAUACAGCGACUGUGAGUAACUUCCUGGGCUCGGAGUCAGUGAUCGCUCGCUCUAUGGGAUCGCGACCCCACCUCAAGACUGAGCCACUUUCCAGCUGGCUCAACGAACCCACUUUUGCUGGAUCGGCGUUUGUGAGAGAAGACGAUGACGGUGGUGCCGAUGGCGGAGAUGGUGACAAUGGCGACGAGGACGACGAUGACGACGAGGACGACGAUAAGAUUUACUUCUUCUUCAGUGAAACGGCCAAGGAGUACGACUUCUACACGCGGCCCAGGGUGGCACGCGUGGCACGCGUGUGCAAGGGAGACGUGGGUGGACUCCGCACGCUACAGCGCCGCUGGACUAGUUUCCUGAAAUCGCACUUGGAGUGCGGCGCCACCCCGCACACCCCACCCCACCUCCUCUCCCAAGUGCGGGGGGCCCAGCUGUCCCGGGGGGCCCUCUACCUGCUUCUCACUGGGGGGCCCACCUCCCGGCUCUCGGCCGUGUGUGUUUACCGCAUGGCGGAUGUGAGAGCCGCAUUCCGCGGCUCCUACCGUCACCACGACGACGCCACGCGCAAGUGGAUCACCUACCCUCGUAGCGUGCCAGACCCCCGACCUGGAGCGUGUGUGAGCGCAGGUGUGCGAGCCCGUGGCUUCCCGCGUUCCUCCUCUCUCCCUGACCGCACGCUCUCCUUUGCGCUGGAGCACCCUCUCAUGUUCAGCUCAGUUCGGCCCUCCAACCCCGCCAGCCCUACCAACACCACCACCGACUCCACCGCCGACUCUACCACUACCGCUGCGGCCAUCUUGGCUGUGCGUGGAGACUCGCUGGCGGCCAUAGCGGUGACGCAUGUGGAGGUCGCCACAGCAACAACGAAGGCGACAGCCUACCCUGUGCUUUACCUUGCCGGCGAACGAGGUGUGCUGUACAAGGCCGUCCUAAUUGGCUCGUUGUCACACAUCAUCGAGGAAACCCGCCUAUUCCCCGAGCCGCAGCCAAUCAGCCGUCUGCUUCUCUCAGCCAAUCAGCGCGCAGUGUUUGUGUUGGCCGAGGCCUCGUGCCUGCAGCUCCCCGCCGCCUCGUGCUCGCGCCUCACCUCCUGCGCCGACUGCAUCCUCGCUCGUGACCCGCACUGCGGCUGGGACGCGCGCACACGCACGUGCAGACACAUUCACAGUCACAGGGGAGGGCGGCUGCUGCAGAAUGUGGAGACGGGCAUCACGGCCGGGCUGUGCGAUGUCACUCGCACCGACACCACGGUUCUGCUGCUCGACGUCCCCGUGUCCCCGUGGCUCCCGGCCAUCUUCCUCCCGUGCCCUCUGACCUCGAACCUGGCGCGCGCCACCUGGAUGCACAACCUCCGACCUUUGACGCCAGUGCAGGGCCCGCUCGGGGUCCCCAUGGGGCAGGGCCCCAGCCAGGAGCCCCCCGGCCCACCCCCCACGCCAUCCCCGCGCCGCCUGGUGGUGGCGUCGGACCUGGACCCCCAUCCAGGGGUACGCGCGGUGGGGGGGUCGCCCCUCGACCGGGGCGCCUUGCCCGAAGCUCCCCUCCCCGCGGGUCCCCUGGCGGCGACCUCGGCCCAAGCGACCCCCCGCUGGGUCCCUGUGGCCCCCCGGGAGGGUCCUCCGGGGCUGCUGGUGUUCACGGACGGAGGGGGGGCGGAGCUGUCGUACGUGGCCGGCGAGUACCGCUGCUGGGAGGAGGAGGGGGAUGCGCGGCGUGCCGUCGCGGCAUUCCGCCUCGUGGUGGGGGGCGCUGGAGGCCCCGCCGGAUCCCCCGCCGCAUCCUGCAGGGUCCAGUGUGCCGUGUACCUGCCCGGGUGGCUGCUCAUGGCUGCGGCGGUGACCGUCCUGGCGGCCUCUACACUUUACGUGCACCGGCGGAGAGACCGGGAGAGUGGGGAGGGGAAGGAGAAUGGAGCACCAGGAGUGUCCAACGGAAACAUCUCUCACACUCCCAGUGAAGCGCACGUCAUGCAAUCGGACACAUCCGUGAAGAGCAGCAACACGCACAUAGACACCCGUCAACAUGCACAGACAGAUGCACGUACAGACACAACCACAGAAGAUACCCGUCAACACACACAUACAGAGACAGUACCUGGCACGGGGACACACACACAGACACAGACAUGCACGCAGUGACCACACACAAACACAGACACCCACAAACGCUCGCAGACUCACACAAACAGGGAAUGGCUCUGACGUCCAGCUAGGCAGCUUUACCUGGGCCUGCCCAACAUCAUAAUGGUAACAGUGGCUGUGAGUUACAGGCUGGUAUGGGCUCGCCUCCCUAUCUAUGGCAGGGGAGGAAUGGUCCAAAUAGGUGGAUUACGCCCCCAUUGAAGAUGAACAUCAGUAGAGGGAUGCAGACAAGGCUUAUGAGUCUUUGACCUCCUGCCAGGUGAUGGCUAAAGUGACCCCUGGGGAUAGUCAUCCAAUACAUUGUUUUGGGAUCGGCACAUCCAGACAUUAAGAACUAGUGACGAGACAGCAAAUGCGGAUCUUGACACCAGGACCUACUGUGGAGCUGAUCUGUCCGCUGACCAUCGGCUUUUCAUCUGUAAGAUGCGCCUGCCAUUCUUCCACUCCUGUGGUGGGCGUCCACCGAGGACCUCAUUCAAACCCACAGUAGCCUGGUCUAGGCUAGCUGACGAAAGUUGCAGGUGAGAAUUCGAUCAUUGGUUGUGGCUGAGGUUGACACCCCCCCCCCUCUAAUAUUAAAAGGAAAUGGGUGAGGUUCCGGACUGUGGCUCAUGCAGCUGAUUUUGCUGUAUUGUGUAUGCAGUCCAAACACUCCCAAAACUGGUUAAUGGAGGAGAUGAUCCAUCUAGUUGAGAAAAAGCAGCAGGUCCACUCUUACCAUAUAUAACAUCUCGCAGGCUUUGCUCAGAGGUUCACAGAGCCAUACGGCACUACAAGGAUAAGUGGUGGUUUUGAGUUGCUGAGCAAAUGGAACAUGCCUCAGCAGAGAUGGAAUCUCGCGACCACAAAUCACUCUUCAACAUCUUCACACACACAAACUGAUUCUGACACAAAGGUAAACGAUACCAUUUUUAUUCCUAUAGCGUGUAAAUGCAAAUGCAUCUCUAGAAAUUGUCUAGAGGCAGUGGAACUUGGGCAUCUUGGUGAAAGGAGACAUAUUUAUUUACUUAAUUUAUAGACCAAAAGGGGCAUCCAGUGUUUGGGAUAGGAAACGAGAACGGACUUAAGCCACGGCAGCACGGGAUGGCUGGGGAAGGGAGUUUCAGACUUGGAGGCAGCACAGGAGAAUAAGUGAUCUCCCACUGAGCGAAAAUUCACUGGGGGCUUUGACGGAAAUACUUGGUUACUGGAACAGAGUGCGUGGAGGGGAGUAGAGUGGAUGAGAGGGGAGAGGUGGUAUAGUACAUGGAGGGGAAUAGAGUGAGAUGAGAGGAGAGAGGUAGGAGAGUGU